CCGCCCCCAUGCGCACCGCCGCGUGCGACCCGCCGCGUGCGACCCGCCGGGCCACCAUGCGAUCCUCCGCCUCGCCACCGUGCAUGGGAGGGCCGGCGCUCCGUGCGCCGCGGGCCACCACGAGCGCAGGGCCCGCGCGCCUCGCUCAGAAGCACACGGCCAAAGAGAGCGGAGGAGGACGAGCAAGGAACGUACUCCCGAGGGGGAGGAGGAGGGAGGGGGAAGAGGAGGACGAGGACGAGCAAAAAGAGAAGGAACAGGCUCAAGCGAGGCGGGCCGUGCCGCGCCCGCUCUCACGGAGUCGGCGAGGGCCUCGGCGGCGGCUCGGCGGGCAGCCUGCAGCGCCAAAAAAGGGCCCGCGCGGGGCGGUCAGAUGGAUGCUCGGCGCGAGACGAGCCUGCUCAUGUUCCUGCUGCUGCUGCUCCUCGCCAAAAUUUUUCUCCUUCGAACAGUGGCCGCGAGAACAAAACACGCCCGCGGCCGCGAAUCGGCCGCGGAGCAUGCUGCCAGCUUCGACAGGUCCCCGUGCCCACGGAAGCGCUGGCCGGCGCCCGAUCCCCUCCGUCGGACAUUCGACGGGGCACUGGACGGGCACCGGACUGGCCACGGGGCGGUAUCUCAAAACGCCGGCGCGGGGGAGGAGGAGUUGGAGGAGGAGGAGGAGGAGGGGGAGGAGUAGGAGGAGGAGGACGAGGAAGAGGCGGCGGCCCUCCUCAGUGGACCUUGGCGGAGCG